AUGACUGUGAGUGGAGCAGGUCAGGCCCAGGGAAGGAGCAGGUCAGGCCCAGGGAAGGAGCAGGCCAGGCCCAGGGAAGGAGCAGGUCAGGCCCAGGGAAGGAGCAGGCCAGGCCCAAGGGAAGGAGCAGGCCAGGCCCAGGGAAGGAGCAGGCCAGGCCCAGGGAAGGAGCAGGCCAGGCCCAGGGAAGGAGCAGGUCAGGCCCAGGGAAGGAGCAGGUCAGGCCCAGGGAAGGAGCAGGCCAGGCCCAGGGAAGGAGCAGGUCAGGCCCAGGGAAGGAGCAGGCCAGGCCCAGGGAAGGAGCAGGCCAGGCCCAGGGAAGGAGCAGGUCAGGCCCAGGGAAGGAGCAGGUCAGGCCCAGGGAAGGAGCAGGUCAGGCCCAGGGAAGGAGCAGGCCAGGCCCAGGGAAGGAGCAGGUCAGGCCCAGGGAAGGAGCAGGUCAGGCCCAGGGAAGGAGCAGGUCAGGCCCAGGGAAGGAGCAGGCCAGGCCCAGGGAAGGAGCAGGCCAGGCCCAGGGAAGGAGCAGGCCAGGCCCAGGGAAGGAGCCGGCCAGGCCCAGGGAAGGAGCAGGCCAGGCCCAGGGAAGGAGCAGGCCAGGCCCAAGGGAAGGAGCAGGCCAGGCCCAGGGAAGGAGCAGGCCAGGCCCAGGGAAGGAGCAGGCCAGGCCCAGGGAAGGAGCAGGCCAGGCCCAGGGAAGGAGCAGGCCAGGCCCAGGGAAGGAGCAGGCCAGGCCCAGGGAAGGAGCAGGCCAGGCCCAGGGAAGGAGCAGGCCAGGCCCAAGGGAAGGAGCAGGCCAGGCCCAGGGAAGGGUUAUAG